AUGUUUGUAAACGCUGUUGAAGAAUCUUCACAACGAUUAGGAAAAGAUUUCGAUGCGAUCAUCAUGAAGGCGAGUUUCGGAGCUGCCAAGUCCUAUUGUGGGAGUCGCAACAUUGGAAAAUGCGAAUAUUGCAUUCCAAACUCGACUGGCACAUUAAGAGAAUCAUCGAUUUAUUUAUUUAGGUCACGGUUCUUUAGUGAUGCACCCUUUGACCGAAACAAAUUUUCAAUCACUGUACCACAUAAAGAACAUACUGGAAGACUUUGGGUUGAUUCAUCACAUGAACUGAGCAACAUUUCAGAGAAUCAAACUGCUUGCCCAUGUAGACAACCUUUAGAACCUGACGGCACUUACAAAGGAACAGAGACUUAA